GGGCCCUGGCCGGGUGAUAUGAGGCCUGUAGGAAAGAGUGAAGCCUGAGCUAGAUUACCCCUCCCAUCGAGUGUGCCAAGAUGGCGCUUAUAUCCUGCUUCCUGCUUAGUAAACAACACACCCUGUAAGACAGUCCGCCCAGCAACAACUGCCGUUAGCCAAUCAGCUUGCCUUGCCUACUUUAAUAUGAUUGGACACUGUAUCCGUAUAUAUACUGGUGCCACCCUUGGGGAGAGGCAGAAUAGGAAGGAGAUAUAGGAGAGAAUAGAGUAAGAGAGAAGAAGCGCAGAGAGAAGCACGCAAGGAGCCGCGGAGGGCGGACCAGAGGAGGCUUCCCUCGGGCGGGAUCGGGGAUCCCGGAGCAGGCUGUACGGAGAGAGAGAAUAAACGGAAAGGUUGUCCGCCAACAACUCUUGUCGUGUGCCUUUCCUGCCGGCCGGGACUGACACCGACAAUUGGUGGCCCGUACGGGGAACUGAUCACCCCCGAGACGAGGCGGACAACGCUCCAGUACUGCACUGCAGGACAGGAACCAGGAAGAGAACCAUUGUGGGUUCCAGAACGGCUGACGCGCGUAGCGAAUCCAACGGAGCGCAAUGCAGGGGACACUCCAAAACUCAACGGCAACGAACAGCCCGGUCAAGAUCGGUCCGACCAGGAUACUGCUGCUCGACCGAGCGAUACCGUAUGACUUCUGGAGCACAAUAAUGAUUAUGCUCUCUAUAGUAAUUGGUUCUCUUUUAGGGUACGGCGCAGCCAGAAUGGCUAGGCCACGCCGCCUCCCGGCAACCCCUUUCCUCCUGGCUCUGAUGCUCACCACCACCACUGAAAUAGGAGCAGACCUGGUAUGGGCGGCAAUACACCAUCCGCCAGCGCUGGCCAUGAUUUCUACUACAGCCCCCUCUCUCCCAAAGCUGUACGCAAAAAACUGCUCCGCCAGAUUGCCCUGCAUACCAGAUAUACCGCUAACCAUCAAACCCAUACGUUUUGACCUCCCCAUCACUAAUGAUGUGGUCAUCUUUUCCACUGUUAGCUACCCCUCAUGUCAUCUGGGAUCAUGCAUAGGCUUCCUGCCCUUUUUUAUAAAAUGGCACGACACCUCCCUGACGGUAAAGUUGUCCGCCCCAUUUCUGUAUCCGCCUGAAUGUUCGGGUAAACACGCUAGCCAACUAGCCUGUAGACCCCGAGCAGCCAUGCACACUCGUCCCGAUUUUCCCACAUGCCCGUACCGUGUAUCCCCAAGCCGUAAAAGACAGAUGGUGGAUCUGUCACAACUUUCGUGGCAGCCCUGCACUGUCGAUGGCGUGGGAGUUACUUAUCUAAACAUGUCUUGGUGGUCCCGGUUCUCUCUUCCACGCAGUACAGACAUACUCACUGUGACUGGGUGGGAGUCACAGCGACACCAAUAUUUUGAUGGCGCUGUGACUUGGUGGGAGCCCUACAAGGAAAUAAGCAACAAUUUGGCAACAAGUUUCCCCUUCCCCCUUAAUGAAAAUUGGUUAUGCCUCUCCACGGGAGCCUGCAUGGACUUAAGACCUGUGCUUGCUAUUAACGCCUCUGCCUCUAAUGGAACCACCAAUGUCACCCUUAACUCUGAGGCCGCAUGUGUAAAACCGCCCUACUUAUGGGUGUUCUCUGUUGACAUCACCUUCAAGUGCAGUAACCAAUCUUGUUUUACAGGGAACUGCUGGAAUGGGUCUUUCCCGUAUGCUAUGCUGGCUCUUCGACCCCCACUGAUGUGGGUUCCCUUUAACGAAUCUGUUUGGGUUCAUCCCGUCUACCAACAGGACCAGCUACCCAUGCUCAGGCAUAAGAGGGAUUUUGGGAUCACAGCGGCCUUGGCAGCACUGUUCGUGACUCUGACUGCAACGGCUGUGACGGCUGCCGUUGCUCUGACUCAGUCCACGCUGACGGCGCAGGCCUUUGCCAAUCUUACAGACACCACCUCCUUGGCGCUGAGGGAACAGCAAGAAGUUAACCUCCUCCAGCACAACGCCAUAAUGGCACUACAGCAACAGAUCGACCUGAUUGCCCAAGAAGUCCAAGGACUUUGGGAGGUGGCUAACAAUUUGUGUGACGCCAGAUGGGCAUUCACCCAGUUAUGCGUUACCCCCAUUCAGGUUAACCGUUCGGCCUACAAGCAAUUUCAGGAUUAUGUUCUCACCACCUACAAUUCCUCCUUUUGGAAUGCUAGCGUGCGCCUAGAUAUGACCAUCCGGCAGCUAGAUCAGAUAGAAGUACCUAUACUUACAGCCUCCUUUUUUGAUGAUGUCCUAGGCCAGAUAGGCUCUUUCUUCAAACCCUCAUCACUUCUUGUGUAUGGGAUCAUUCUUGUUCUCAUGGUUGUCGCUCUCGUGACCCUCAGGUGCCUGCGGUCGAUAAGGACGACCCAAAAGACACAUAUGGCACUGAUGAUAUUGCUGGCCCAGAGUCAAGGGGAUUCCACUCCUAGUGCUUUCUGGGCUCAGGCCAGGAAGGCACGACUCCAAUGGUGAUUACUUAGUUCCUCAGUGUCACUCGGCGGACCCCUUCGUAUCUCCCCCAAACAUCAGCUCUAAGAGUUGAGUGGACAAGCCAAUGACGGGUAAGACGGGAGAAGUUCUCCUGAUCAACCUAAGACAGGCUCCACUCCGAUAUACUUGGCCUGUAAGGCCGAGGGUCCCUCCGGGAGUAAAGUUAAUGGCAUUGAGAUGCGAGACCAAGGGUACUGCACUGCCAUCCGCCUCAAAGGUUGGGGGGAAGACAGGAAUGAAUGUCUAUAUGCAUCCAGGUUCGGUUCACAAAAGCCUGGCCCUGCAAAAAAAUGAACCACUCACCUUGAGCAUGGUCCUGGGCCAAGGAUAUGCACAAAACAAGGUGAUGCACAGCAGGGUAUAGACCUCUACAUUCUCUCAUGCCUCGGCCUACAAAGUAGGCCCACUCCUAGACACCUUAAAUGGACCCACAGACCACUCUAUCUUAAUAAAUAAAGAAGGGGGAGAUGUUGGGGGCCCUGGCCGGGUGAUAUGAGGCCUGUAGGAAAGAGUGAAGCCUGAGCUAGAUUACCCCUCCCAUCGAGUGUGCCAAGAUGGCGCUUAUAUCCUGCUUCCUGCUUAGUAAACAACACACCCUGUAAGACAGUCCGCCCAGCAACAACUGCCGUUAGCCAAUCAGCUUGCCUUGCCUACUUUAAUAUGAUUGGACACUGUAUCCGUAUAUAUACUGGUGCCACCCUUGGGGAGAGGCAGAAUAGGAAGGAGAUAUAGGAGAGAAUAGAGUAAGAGAGAAGAAGCGCAGAGAGAAGCACGCAAGGAGCCGCGGAGGGCGGACCAGAGGAGGCUUCCCUCGGGCGGGAUCGGGGAUCCCGGAGCAGGCUGUACGGAGAGAGAGAAUAAACGGAAAGGUUGUCCGCCAACAA